AUGCGACGUGCAGCUCUUCACGUUUUCCGUAGCGCGCGUCGUGUACCGGUAUGGAGAGUUGCUGGUAGGAAGCCGCGUGCUGUGUCAUUCUCUAGCAGCCAUUCUCUAGCUCUCCGACCGUCCUCCGCCGGGAAACAUCCUCCUAUCAUUCCCGCGACCCUACACUCAUCGAUGCAUCUCCGGAACUUUUCGCUUGCCGUGAUAUCGACGGUCGUUGCAUCUGGGGCCUGGUACGCUUAUCAGGGCAGCAGUUCACAGUCGGCAGCAGUAGCGGGCUUGAACCGGACCAUAUCUACUUCCACCACAGCUUACGCUGAGGAUCCCUCCGAGCCAACCCGCCGUGCGCUUCUGGUGGAUAAUGAUCAGUUUUAUACCGCUACUAUCAACGGAGAAGAACCACUUCGUAAACAGACGGACGACUCUGACCGCCGACUUCUAGAAAUGUUGACGCCAGAGCAAGCUACGCAGAAGCUGAGGAAGAAUGAAGAAUCGUACUUGGUUCAUCGAGGCAAGGGUGUUAUUCGCUAUGACGUGGUGCAAGUGCCUAGCAACUCGCCAAUUGAAGACGAUCAUGCCGAAAAGAUAGUAGAGGUGCCGUCCACAGUAGCUACAGCGAAAGAGGGCGAAGCCAACAGCGACUGGAUGUUCUGGGGCGUGUUCGACGGGCACUCAACUGACUGGGUUACAAGUGGCUGGACGACUUCCGCUAAGUUGCGAAAUGUUCUCAUCUCCUACGUGGCUCGGGAAUUGAACACCACUUAUAAAGCUGCGGCUGCUGAUCCUGCGCUACUCACACCUACCCCUGCAGCUAUCGACGCAGCUAUUAAGCAAGGUUUUACCCGAUUGGAUAAUGAUAUCGUACACAACAGUGUCGAAAAGGUACUCAAGUCUAACUCGCGGAGAGUUGCAGCCGAAACACUUGCCCCCGCUCUGUCCGGCUCUUGCGCUCUUCUUGCCUUCUAUGACUCCCAGUCAAAGGAUUUGAAAGUUGCUUGUGCGGGUGAUUCUAGGGCAGUCCUUGGUCGUCGUGGCUCGAACGGAAAGUGGUCUGCAACCGCGCUGUCGGAAGACCAAACCGGCGGGACUCCUUCCGAAAUGCAGCGUCUACGGGCCGAACACCCUGGAGAGCCUAACGUUGUACGAAAUGGAAGAAUCCUAGGCCAACUGGAGCCUAGCCGAUCUUUUGGGGAUGCGUUCUACAAGUGGAGCAAAGAGACUCAAGACAAAAUCAAGCGGCAGUUCUUCGGAAGAACACCCCACCCUCUACUGAAGACACCACCCUAUGUCACCGCUGAACCUGUCAUCACUACCACCAAGGUCGAACCUAGCCGCGGAGACUUCCUCGUCAUGGCUACUGACGGUCUCUGGGAGAUGCUAAGCAACGAGGAAGUCGUCGGACUUGUCGGUCAGUGGAUCGAGCAACAGCAGGCUGGAAAUGUGGGCGGCAACAAGACGUGGCUGAAGAGCUGGCUCGGUUUCGAAAGCAAACAGCUUCCUGUUGAGACUUCGCAAGAAGCGGGAGCCGAAGGCCAACGCCGCCCCAUCCGCCAGCAGCAGUAUGAUAUCUCAGGCGUCGCCGACCGAUUCACAGUCGAAGACAACAACGCCGCCACCCACCUCGUGCGUAACGCCAUGGGCGGUAAGGACAAGGACAUGGUCUGCGCACUGCUGACCCUCCCUAGCCCAUACUCCCGUCGUUACCGCGACGAUGUUACAGUAGAGGUUAUCUUCUUCGGCGAAAGCCCCGACACCCGCACCGUCGAAAUCAACAAGGAAGCCAGCGCAUCUGAAGAAAACCCUAGAGCCAAGCUCUAA